GGAUGGGAGGGCCCUCGGCCGCUUUCUUCAUGUUAUUGCCUGGAUGAGGGAUGGUGCAAGCAGUGAAGGGUUCCCAGUCUCUCAGCCCUGCAGCAGGGAGACCUGAUAACACCAUGUGGGCAGCAGUGGUCCUGGGCAUACUGACAGCCCUGUUCGCUUGGCUUUGGUUUGGUAGAUCAGGGGAGGAAGAGGAGACAAGAACAGGGUCACCAGAAAAGCAGCUCCAGCCUGUGGUGGAGGAGGAGGAAGAGCAGGUAGCUAUUGCAGAGGAAGGUGAGGACACCUGUGCGGGGAGCAAUGUGAAGCCCCAGCAGGAAUGUGUGGGAAGUAAACCGCAGGAACUUGGAACAUCCCAAACUUUAGACUCACAGCAGUAUGUAGAGGGGGAAAGCCAUCAAGAACUCAGCACAACUUUAACCGUGGACACCCAGCAGGAUGGAAAGGGGAGCAAUCUGCAGGAACUUGGCACACUUCUAACCAUAGACCCCCAGCAGGAUAACGAGGGGAAAAGCCAACAGGAACUCAGCACAUCUCUAAGCAUGGACACAAAGCAGGAUAGUGAGGGGAGCAUCCUGCAGGAACUCGGCACAACGCUAACCAUGGACACCCAGCAGGAUAGAGAGGGGAGCAUCCUGCAGGAACUCGGCACAACGCUAACCAUGGACACCCAGCAGGAUAGAGAGGGGAGCAUCCUGCAGGAACUCGGCAGAUCUCUAACAAUGGACACCCAGCAGGAUGGAGGAGGCAAAAUACAACCGGAACUCAGCAAAUCUCUAAGCAUGGACACAAAGCAGGAUAGUGAGGGGAGCAUCCUUCAGGAACUCGGCACAACGCUAACCAUGGACACCCAGCAGGUUAGAGAGGGCAAAAUCCAACAGGAACUCAGCACAUCUUCAAGCAUGGACACAAAGCAGGAUAGUGAGGAGCGAAACCAGCAGGAACUCGGCACAACUCUAACUAUGGACACCGAGAAGAAUACUGAAGGGAGCAAUCUCAUCAUAACCGUGGACGCUCACCAGGAACUCGGCACAGCUCAUAGUCUGAAUUCCCCUCUGCAGGAUAAUGAGGGGACCAAACUACAGGAAAUUAUAACACCCCUACCUCUGGAGUCUCUGCAUGAUAGGAAGGGGAGCAAUCAACAAGAACUCAGAAUCCCCCAAACUCUGGAUUCCCAUCAGGAAGUUGAUGUAAACAGUUUGCAUACACCUGACACACCCCAAACCUCUGACCCCCAGGAACAGAACAAAGAGAGCAAGCUCCAGGAGCCCAGGGCAUCCCAAAGCCUGGAGUCCAAGGAACCGAAUGAAGGGAACAAGUUACAGGAGCCCAGCACAUCCCUAUCCACAGAACCCCAGCAGGAAAUUGGAAAGUGCAGACUACAGGAGCUCAGUGCCCCCUUAAAAACGGAGUCCCAGCAGGAGAGUGCAUGGAGCAAAUCGCAGGAUCUCCACACAACCAUUGUGGCUCAAGAAGCAACUGGUGAGACCCAAUCUGUAUUGGAAAAUGAAGAGCUGGGACUGCACCCUAGAGAAAUCCAAGAAACUUGCCAUGUAGCAGGCGAAGAGCUGGAUGAAGAGGUGACAGAAUAUAAACCAGAACGUAUUGAAACUGCUGAAGAAACACAAAGUGAUUUGUUGAAUAGUGAAGUUCUAAAAGAGUCUCCUCACAAAGAGAAAGCUAUGGAGUUAAAUGGGCAUUCUAUUACACACGAGAAGAUUGAAGUAGACCAGUAUAAAUCUGCUGAAGUAUCAGAAGGUGGCAUGAUCACUGAUGUCUUGACAAAUGGUCUUGAAACUCCUAUCGAUCCUUGUGUUGCUAUGACUGAUGGUGAUGUGUGUGGAGAGGUACUAGAUCAUGAAGCAAUCCAGUCAGCCAACACAUCUGAAGAAUUUAGACCUGUUGAGUUAUUGAAUAUUGAUAUUUGCAAAAGCAAAGGUGUACAAGAGAUGGACAACACUUGUAUCCAUUUGUCUCACCAACAAGAAGAUUCUUCUGAAAUCCAUGGGCUGAACAUAAAUGAUAAUGCUGUCGGCCUAGGAAAUCUAUCUGACGGAGACGUUAAGCCAUCAGAAGCUGAUCAUGUAAAGGUGAAGAAGGUUGCGGCUGUGCAGCCAAUGCUACAGAAUGUGAAUGUUGGUUUCAAAGUGCAUUAUAUCACUCACACGGACUCUCAACGCAUUGCAGUCACUGGUGAUCAUGAGCAACUCGGUGGUUGGGAUGACUAUAUCCCACUGACCUAUGAAAAAGAUGGUUUCUGGUCUCAUUCUGUUCUGCUUCCUUCUGACACCAAUGUGGAGUGGAAGUUUGUGAUGGUGGAAAAUGGGAAGAUAAGACGCUGGGAAGAGUGUAACAACAGAAUCUUAAAGACUGGACAUGAUGAUGUUAAUGCUCACCUGUGGUGGGCUAUCACUGAGUGACAUACCCCCAAAAAUAUCCUUCCCAGUUUUACUGUAGUAGGCCUCUUGAUCCUCCUCUUCCACCAACACCUUUCCCCAUGCAAUGAAUGGAAUGUUCUGAGUUAGGAGGGGGUUUCCUUCUUUAUUCAACUGAUUCAGGAUUGUUAGUUUAAUAAUUACCAGGGCCAACUAGGAUAUUGAGAGCGUGUUAACAUGUUGGGCAAACAACCUUUUGACCCAUAUUAUGAAAGUUAUAUUUUAGCCCAGGGUCAAUAGUUUUUUCUUAAAUGUCGUAGCUUAAAAUUGCAAUAUCAUGAAUAAAUGCUGCUAUUUAUACAUUUUUAUUUAUAUUUCCCCCCCACCCCUAUCCUUAUGUUCCAUUAAGUACAAAUUUAAACAGUCAUGCACUUUGUAAUGGUCAUAUUCUGUUAAAUGACUGAAGAGUAAGGUCAAGUGAAAUAUUAAUUUACAAAUUAAAUGGAUGUUCACUUCAUGGA